AUGUCGGAGCAAAGUAAGAAAUCCUCGUGGCUGCAGGAUAAGGGACAGAACAUAUUGAAUUUAAGUAUUCAAUCACAUUUAGUAAUUUCUGCAGUGCUCCGACUUAUGCUAAUUUUCUAUGCCCAAGUACACGAUAACAGAUCAACUGUUCCUUAUACAGACAUUGAUUAUAAAGUGAUAACGGACGGGGCACGGCUAGUGUUGAUUGGAGACACACCGUUUGCUCGGCACACCUACCGAUAUAGCCCUAUAUUGGCCUACAUUCAAAUUCCAAACGUUAUUUUACAUCCAGCAAUAGGAAAAGUGAUUUACGGACUGUUUGAUCUACUCCUAGGGUUGCUUAUUUAUGCCUUAGUGCGUUUGGAAUUUCGAAUGAAAGAGCUCAGCGAUUCGCACAUGAAAUACGAAAGGUUAAUGAAGAUAUCUUCACAUAAUCCAGAACACAGACAUGAAGAAUCUACAAAAAUUGCUUGCGUCUCUGCCUGCUUUUGGCUAUACAAUCCGCUUACGGCUGUAAUAUCGACCCGAGGCAAUGGUGACAGUUUGACCGGAUUCUUUGUAAUACUAAAUGUGUAUCUUCUAAUGAGAAUGCAACACUCGGUAUUUAAAUUUUGGAUUGCGUUUUGUGCAGGUUUUGUUCAUGGAUUCGUUAUACACUUGCGGCUCUAUCCAAUAGUAUUCAGUUUAACAUACUAUUUGGCAAUAUCGGGCCUAUCAAAAAAGCCUCUCGGACUGUUGCAAAAAAUGUUCCCUAAUACACAGCAGAUUUACCUAAUAAUCGGAACACUUAUAGGACUGGUAUGCUUUACUUCCACUUUUUAUUUUCUUUAUGGUUGGAAAUAUAUAUAUGAAGCAUAUUUGUAUCACUUGAUUCGAAAGGAUGUACGCCAUAACUUUUCACUUCAGUUCUUGGUGCAAUAUCUGACUAAUGAAAACGGAGUUGGAGAAUCAUCACCGACUGUAAGAUUUCUUAUAGUAGCACCUCAGUUGUUACUUAUAGUUUAUUUAAGCUUUAGUUUUGGACGGUCUAGGCGUACAUUAUCUUUUUGUGUUUUCACUUUGGCCUUUGUUAUUGUCACUUAUAAUUCUGUGGUUACUUCACAGUACUUUAUAUGGUAUUUGGCUGUGCUUCCUGUAUGCAUAAGAAAUUUAAAGUCUUUGUCAUUGGCAAAGUCUACAUCGCUACUCUUUCUUUGGCUUUGCGGACAAGCUUUUUGGUUACUGCCGGGAUAUUUAUUAGAGUUUCAAUCAUGGCCAACUUUUUAUUGGAUUGGCACCCAGAGUGCAAUUUUCUUUGUUAUUAACAGCUAUAUUUUAUCCCAACUCAUAAGCCACUUCGAGCCAUAAUAUUGUAAUAUACUAUUAUUGUACUCUUAAUAAUAAAUGGAAUUUAUGUACAUAUGUA